AUGAUGAAUUCCAUUUUAAAGAAUCCCAGAAGCAUCAUACCACCCGUGUCCAUAAAGAUUGUUUCCUUAUGUUUCUUGUGGUAUUCCAUAUCAUCAUUAUCUUCACAACUAACGAAAUCCAUUUUAAAUGAUUUCCCAUUCCCGUUGGCUCUUGGUGAAUGUCAGUUCCUUAUAGUGUUUUGUCUUUGUGUGUUAACAACUGUCAUCUUAUCAAAACUACCACAGUUACAUGCAUUAUUCCCUGCAGGUUCUAUCCCACCUUUAGAUGGUUCACCAUUAUUGAAACCUGAUAGACAUAUCAUCAUCACUGUUUUACCUUUAGGAUGUUUCCAAUUCUUGGGGAAGUUAUUUUCACAUAGUGCUACAGCUUUAGUCCCCGUUUCUACUGUUGCUGGUGUGAAAACAUUAUCACCUUUAAUUCUUGUCACAACUUAUAGAUUGCUGUACAAUGUUAGAUUCCCUAUUGCAACUUAUCUGUCAUUAAUACCUUUGGUAUUUGGGAUCUUAUUGAUUGUUGUUGCUGAUACUCAUGAUACUUUGGUCACAACAACUGCAAGUGUUCAAUACACAGGGAUCACUUAUGCUGCUUUAUCAUUAGUUGUUUUCGUUGCACAAAAUAUCUAUGGGAAAACAGUUUUCACAUAUAAUCAAAAUAAAAUCAAUGAUCAUGCUCAAUUAGCCUUAUCAAAUGCAGAUGAAGAUGGUGCUAUAAAUGAAAAAGCUUCAUCUUCAAGCCAGGAUCCAAUCUUACCUUUAAGUCAUGAACAAACUACAGUACAAAAUAAAAAUUCAGAAUAUGCUAAACAAAGUCAAGCGUAUGAUUUAAAAGUUGAAAAAUCACAAUUAUCAUCAUUCCCAAAGAUUAGAAACAAAUAUGAUAAAUUAACUUUAUUACUGUAUUGUUCUGGUGUUGGAUUUUUAUUAUCAUUACCUUGGUUUUUAUACAUUGAAGCACCAAAUUUCUUAGAUAUAGAUUCAAGUUCAGAUGUUUCAGAAGCACAAUUAAUUCAUAUUCCAUGGAACUUAUUAAUAGUCAAUGGUCUAUCACAUUUUGCUCAAUCUUUAAUAGCUUUCCAUUUAUUAGGCGCAAUUCCAACAGUUAGUUAUUCAAUCGCAAGUAUGAUGAAAAAAAUCACAAUCAUUGUUGUUAGUAUGAUUUUCACAGGUCAUAAAAUAACAGGAAUUCAAUUUGCAGGUUUAUCUUUGACUGCAGCUGGGCUUUAUUCUUAUGAUAGAUGGGGUGGUCAUAAAGGUCAUUGA